CACUGAGCAUUCCUUGGAAUAAAACUCGGUGACGUUGUUACUAAACCCUCAGAAUGCAGGGUUUGCAAGAAACAUACAGCCAUUACGCGGCUGACCAUUCCACGGUACCAGUCUCUCCUAUCGUUCUUGACUUUAUUUCAUGCCCUCUGCUGCCGAUGUGCCCAGUAGAUUGUUUUAUGUGAAAGCCUUCCUCAAAAGAAAUAUUUCGUCGUGGGUGGCUGAGCAGCCUUAUGGUAGGCAGUCAUUUUCUUUUGCAGAGGGUUACACAUACACACAUAUAUUCUUGCGCAUGUCAUGAAGCCCGAGCUAAAGAUCUAAUGGCGUUGCAUGGCAUGUCAAAAGCUAACGUUUGGUUAGUUUGUCAGGGAUAUUUAACUGGGCAUAUCCAUCUCCUUGAAUGGGUUCUAUUGGCUCAUACAACUUUAUGAAUUAAUGAGCUAUAGUAGUUAAGUCUGCUGACUAGUUGCUAUAGUAUGACUGAGGACAAUUGUCAUAAUGACGAGCUACCAAAGGGCCUAGUACAUAAGUAUCUUACACCGCGUUCUCAAUUUAACUUAGACAGUGCUUCUUGCUCCUAUUUCCCAUCAUCAGCACUCCAAAAGAAACAUAUGAUAAACUGCAUUCAAGAAAAUGGUUUCUAGUGAUCGGGAUGACCAUGCGAUCGCACGACAUCAAACCGUCAAUAAGCCUCCAGCAGGUAUGGAAAACGAAAGGAGAGUCCUGCCACGACCUUCAGCAAAGUUGCAGAUCAUUAUCGACGAAACUCAGGUUAGUGUCGGAGACCUACCUAUUUCAAAUCGAACUCACUAUCAUGAUCUGUCAGAUAGCUACUUCUACACGCCCUUAGAUCCCAAGUCCGAGGGCCCUCUGACUUUCACAUCUGAAACCUUAAUGAACCAUGUCCAAUGGUGGUUGUAUGACCCGCCAGCGGAACUCUUGUUUGAUAUUGAACGUAUCGAGGGCUCUGCCAAAUAUGGUCUUCCGGAGCUUGACACACUCUUCACCACCUCCAUAAGAGCUGAUAUCUCAAAAGACCAGCUUUUUAGUGCAGCGGCAACUCAGAAAAGGACGACUGCAUUAGCAGCGCUUAGAGAGACUCCAGAGGCAUCUAGUUCGUCCAAUACCGCUGUAGCAGGAACAUCAAGACCAGGGCUUCAGGUAAGUAGUGCAGCACUCUAUUCACUGAAUCUUAUUCAUUAACUAGAAUUUACAGACAAGCGCAACAGAGGAAGAUACUUCGAGUAAUGAGCGAAAUCAACAAAACCGCGUGAUCAGCCAAGGAUCAACGAAGACAAAUAUGACCUCCGAUUCAGGAUACAUGUCUGCUGCAGAAAGGUAUCAUUCGAAAUCAAGCUCGAACGACACGCAGCAUGGAUACACCAAGUUGUCCACAUUUUCUAGGUUUAGAAAGUUGCUUAAAAAGAGGGAAAUUAAGGGAAAAUCUGUAAUGAAGGAGCCUACUGGGUAUGGAUCUUGAUAUUUCAAAACGGUUCUUGCUAACGGAGUAAGCAGAAACUGUACUUCUUGUUUGGAUGAUUUUCUAGAGGGUAAAAUGGUGAGUGUGGAAUGCCACGGAUAUUGCAAAGAAUGUUUCGAAAGACUAGUAAUGUAAGUUCUCCCUGCAACUCCUCAUCGAUAAUUAGCUAACAUGUGACAGUGCUGCCAUGGAGACAGAGACGAUGUGGCCUGUGAAGUGCUGUCAGAAAGAUAUAUCACAUGCAGUCAUCAUGAAAAAUGUAAACGCAAACCUAGCACAAAAAUUCGAAACAAAAGCUUUGGAAAGAAAAGUGCCUGUCGGAGAUCGAAUCUAUUGCAUCAAACAAGGAUGUGAGACAUGGAUUCCUAGCGAGUGGUUUAACGAAAGUCUCAAAUGCGCAUCUUGUCCCUCCUGCAACACAAGAGUUUGCACUGCAUGCAAAGGUUCAUGGCAUGCAAAUACGGAAUGUCCCAAGGAUAAAAAUUUGCAAGCUACGAUCAGAUUGGCACAAGAGAGAGGAUGGAAGAAAUGUUAUAAUUGCAAUGCUUUUGUCGAACUUAAUAUGGGUUGUCGCCAUAUUAGAUGCCGUUGUGGAGCUCAAUGGUGUUACAUUUGUCGUGCCAAAUGGCUAACUUGUCAAUGUACAGCGAGACAUCUCUUGACAGGACUUGACCCAGAGUUACAAAGACUUCGAGGCGCCAACAGUCAGACACUGGUACCAACUAGGCAAGAAGCGGAACGAAUUAGGAGACAGGCAGAACGCGACCGAAUUGCUCGACAGUUGAUUGAAGAUUUGGAACGACGACAAGCCGAAGAACUAGAAAGGGAAGCCGAGUUUCGGCGUCGCCGAGAGGAAACAAGACGUGGAGAAAUAGCUCUCACGUUUGGGCAAAUAAGAGAAGAGCUAGAGUUGUUACAUUCCUCUCAGAAAUUACGUCUUGCAUCCCGCUCGCAGAUGGAGUACCGAGUAUUACAAGAACAAGAGCUAGAUUUGAACACAUUACGGUUUCUCCAUUCACGCUAUAUCAACCAAUUAGAGGCGCAACACAAGAAUGAAAUAUCAAAGCAAGAAAUGCGUUUCCUGAAUGAAUACUACGAGCGUGAACGAGAGGAAGUUCGCGUUGAGAAGGAGAUUUCACAGAAAAUUGAAGCAUUUUGGAAAGACAAACCGGAUGCUGUAUACGAAAUCAAAGCUGCGAAAGUUGCACAUCAAGCGAACUCUAUUGCAAUGUUCAAGAAAUGGGACUUUGAUAGGAAAACCGCUUUACAAGACCUCGCCGAAAAUUUCGAAUCAGAGAAAUUAUCACUAUCCAGGACUCAAAAUUCGGCUAUGGCUGAUGCCACAUGGAAAGUAGGAAGUGGGUGGAGAGACUGGGCGAGAAAUAAAGUCGCCGAGGUCAAAUGGUUUGAGGCUGUCAUCACAGAGAGAGAAUCAAUGUUACGAACUUUAGAGAAUCUGCAGUAUACAAUGGCUACAGAAGAGUCUUGAACAGGUAUAGCACUUUAGGGCUCGUUACUGUUGGUACGAAGGUGGAGGUUGGAUUUCGACAUGAAUAUCAUCAUAUAUCACUACUUGUGCGGGGUGAUAGAAUUUUGUCCUAUUGUCCCGUCAUACGUCGUGUUCAAAACAUUUGUAUCAGAGAUCAGCACGUGAUAGUAUGAAUUCACAGGAUAGCAUAGGAGCCAAUAGCAUGGUUUUGGACGGCAUUUAUCGUGCAUCGGAGAUCUGCUGGUCAUAAACCAUAUACGGAGUCGGAGAUUAAUUUCAUUUUUGUAUAUAUUUCUUGUUAUUGUUAUACCAUCGUCGUGGAUAGAUCGGACGAG